UGCACUGUAUGAUUUCGUUUGGAUUCAGCAGCAAGGAACACGCGAAAGGGAACGUAGGACGCUUCGGAAUAGGAUUCAAAUCAGGAUCUAUGCGCUUGGCAAAUGAUGCGCUCAUCCUGACACGCCAAAAAGGUGAAGCAUCUGCCGCACUCCUCUCAACGACGUUCCUUCGAGACAUUGAUGCUGAUGAUAUUCUCAUCCCAAUGUUUACCUGGAAUGUAGAGAUGGUGCACGGACAGAAGUCCUAUGUUUCCCGAGAGCCCUUGGACAUUUCAGUUUGGGAAGAAAACAUGGGCAUUAUUGAGCGCUAUACAUUCCUUAAAACAGAAUCCGAACUCCUCAAUGAACUUGAAAAGAUUAAGACUUCAACAGGGACACGGAUCGUUCUCUUUAACCUGAAGCGCACACCAGAACUUGACUUUGACCACGACCCACUGGACAUUCGCAUAAAAGCUGACGGUAUGAUCUCUGAAGAAGGAAUACGGUCGUCUUCUCGCAGACCUAUUUAUCAACAAUAUAGAGCAGGACAACAGAUGACACUCGACGUGCCGGAAGACUACAGCUUUCGCUCAUACAUGGAAAUCCUGUACCUAAGGCCAACAGUCACAUUCGCACUUCGUGGUGAGAUGGUUGUACCGCGGUGCCCGAUCAAGCGUCUUCAGGUUGAGUAUUACCGAUUUGAUCCAUACACUCCCAAAGGCAUUCCAGAUGAGCGAACAUUUCCAAUCGUUAUACAUGUUGGAUACCAGGAUCCUCCAGGAAGGACUAAGCAUUGUGGAUUUCACAUGUACAAUAAAAAUCGACUAAUCCGAAUGUAUCAGCGCUUUGGUGCUCAAUUACAGGUAAACACCAUGAUGAAGGACCUGCUGGGAGUUGUGGAGGCAGAUUGCUUGGAGCCCACACACAAUAAACAGACAUUCAACACAACGGAUAUUGCCUACUCAAAAUGCCAGAAAUACAUCGAAAAAUGUAUGAACGACUAUUAUUUCGGGGUGCAAAAUGUGAGGCUCGCUGGAAUUGGCACAGGUAUGAAACGAGCUCUUUCCGCAAGAAGAAAAACGCAGAAUGGUGCAAAGAAACAUGAAAAGAUGAAGCCCGCUAACAAAAGGAGGAAACAAACUGCUCUGAGAGACGGAGAUGAGGAGGAAUCGCGUCACGGACGCGGCUUUGAUGUGGAUACACAGCGCAUUGUCUCUUCGUCAACACCUAACAAGUCGCUUGAUCCAUUCCCGAAGAUUCUACGAAAACUGAUGAACAACAGGUUGAGUUGGCCUUUCAAUGAGCCAGUGGACGCGGAGUAUUGGGGCGUGCAGGACUACUAUGAGGUUAUCAAGACUCCUAUGGACUUUGGAACUAUUGCUACCAAAUAUGAUAUUGGUGAUUACAACACUGAAAACUCUGGGCACGGCGCCUUAAAAUUUGUCACAGAUGUUCGACAGGUCUUUUACAACGCCUGGACGUACAAUCAACCCGGACAUCAGGUGUACCAGUAUGCGCAGAUCCUGGCGCGAAUCUUUGAGACUGAGUUAUCUAAAUCAGUUGGCAUCGACGAUAAGUGGGGCUUACUUUCAGGAUCAACCAUGGGAAUGACAUUAGGAAAUCAAGAGAAGAUUGACAAAGAAAAUGCAGAUAUGAACUCAGUGAAAAUUGCCGAAGAGAAGGGAUUCGCUGAUGGCUCGUUGAACAAGAAUGAAGACAUGAGGAGGGGCGAGAUAAAAACAGCCCAAGACGACGUUCGGAGUCAAGAAUAUAUUUUGAACCGGGAUGCGAUCAAAUUUAUGGCAGAAACUUGUGCCGCACGAGCAGUGGCUGAGGCGAACGAGGCUCGCGAUAAUGCUCUCGCAAAGUUGCAGGAAGAACGGGUGGCGAGGGAAGCAUUUGAGGCUGAACUUGAAGCUCAGACACGAACGCUCUUUCAGACAGCUCGGCAUGAGGAGCAAGCGCGAUAUCAUAGGUUUGAGGUCGAAAGGGAAACACUCAUGACAUGUCUAUCUGACAGCAACAACAUGAAAAAACUAUUGCAAGACAGGAUCGAGACCUUGGAAGCCGAGAUCGUGAUGCUGAAGAACAAAAGUCGAUCUCAUUGAACUUAUGAGCACCGGCUUUAGUUGAACGAGCGAUAACGCGAAUACUCCAGGGGUCGAACCAACCGACAAAGGGUUAACGUGAUUUCAUGAGGGUCCGUCCCCAAGUCUGUCGGCGUAGCUGAUGACCGGUAAAAUAUUAGAAAAUCGAGAGACACGCAAUACCCCUCAUAUAUAUGACCUUGCUAAGUGUUAUCAUAUCAUAUCACAUGUAUGUGUACAUAUUCAAUCUGUAUGUGUUAUGAAAUAUUUAUUUAGCGACCUUUAAACUC